CUGUGUCGUUUGUCGUUCUGUGUUCAUUAAUUAAAUGUGUGUGGCAGUAAUUUUGUGAAAUCGUAUAAAAUUUUUUGGUGAAGUUAUGAAUUCAACGGAAGAAGAAAGAACAGUCUGGUGUGGAAACUUAGCGGAUAAAGUCACAGAGGAGCUCUUAUAUGAGUUAUUCCUACAAGCUGCCCCCUUACAGCGUGUUCAAAUACCCCAAGAUAAAGAAGGUCGAAAAUCCAAUUUCGCCUUCAUAGUUUUCAAACAUGAGGUGUCAGUAAAUUAUACAUCGCAAUUGUUGAAUGGAACCAACUUAUUCAAUAAACCUUUGAAUAUCAAACCAAGAUCAAGAAAUCAAGGAAAUGAUGUGCAAACCUUUACAAACUUCAGAGAUAGAUCUGAUGAUUCCCACAGAAGGAAUAAGUCACAGUAUCAUGAACCAAUGGUACAAGAUUCUGAACCAUUCUUUGAAAAUCUCAUGCAAAUGGGUCAAGCAAUGAAUGUUUCAAUGAUGCAACCUACAUACUCAUCUUCUGUAGAUAGAAGACCUAAUAAUUUUACUGACUCAAGGAAUAAUAGAAAUUAUCGAAGAGAUGAGCGAAAACCUUAUUCAAGAAAUAGUACAAGACAUAAUAGAAAUCAUAAUCAUAGCUUUGAGAGGCAACGAUACUAUUGAGUGCUCAGUUUUGGAAUUUUAUACUGUAAAUUUUGUUCUAAGAAAUAAACUACUUUCAAAUUCUUUUUCAGUCAGCAGUAUGGAAGCUGCAAAUGAAAACUAUAAUAGGAUAUUUUAUUCUUGAAGAGUAAGGGGUGUAGAAAUUUGAGUAAAGAUCUUUCAAUGACUGUUCUUUAUUAUUUAAUUUGUCACUGUUUUCAUCUUAUUUGGGAUCUUCAGGACUAAAAAUUGUUUUUGAAAAAUUCAACAGAUCAAACAAUGAGGAGUGUGCAUGAAAGGAUUUUUGCUAAAAUUCUUACACUAUCUACUUCUCAAGAGUAAGCAUUCUACUAUUGAGAUAUUCUAAUAGUUGAAUGAUAAAACUACAUUAGGUAUAUUAUAUUUGAGAUAGUCUUAGUGCCAAAAUUUGUUCUCAUUGGUAUUGUCUUAUAUAUUUGGUAAAACAUUUUUCUAUUACAAUAUUUCAGAUCAUAUUGUAUAUAAUUUGAGGGU